UGUUGUGCGAACGCAGCAACAAGUGCCCACGACAUCGAAACAACGACCGCAGCUGUGGAAAUUGAAGCGCAACAAGUGCCACAAGCUUAAACAACAACAACAGCAAAAAAACUCUGUGCCGCGCUUUCCUAAUUAAUUUAUUUUAAAGUGCACUUGUAUAUUUUUUCCAUUAAACGUACAAAUUUCAAUUAAAUUGUCAAUUUAAUGAAAUUAGCAAACAUCGCUGCCGAACAACAGAGCCCACAAAGGAACGUUAAAAAUAAACAAAACAAAACGAAAUAAAUUCAUUUAACGAAAAUAAAACUGCAUUUGCCAAAGCAACAACAAUUGCUGACCAAAAGUGAAAGCAAAGGGAAAAGCAGAAGCAUCCAAGAGCAUUGAAGGUGCCAGAAGAACUAACAGAAGCAGAAUAAUGUUGCUGAACGGUGUGCAGUUCCUCAGAAGCGGCCUAAAUGUCGCCCCCCGCAGCUACAACAAUUUCCGUCUCGUGUGCCGUGCGCUCUCUGUACAGUACGGCGAUGCCAAAUCCUUGACACCUGUUGUAAAGGAAUACGUUGAGAAAUGUGUGGAGCUAUGUCGGCCGGAGCGUAUCCACAUAUGCGAUGGCAGCGUCGAGGAGAGCAAACUGCUGCAGGCUCUGAUGCUGAAGCAGGGCACUAUAGUUCCUCUGCCGAAGUACAAGAACUGUUGGCUAGCCAGGACUAACCCGGCGGAUGUGGCGCGUGUUGAGUCAAAGACUUUCAUAUGCACGGACCGCAAGGAGCAGACAGUCCCAGUGACCCCAGACGCGACGCCUGGUACCCUUGGCAAUUGGAUAUCGCAGGAGGAUAUGCAGGCAGCUAUUGGAGCGCGUUUGCCGGGCAGCAUGAAGGGUCGCACUAUGUACGUGAUACCGUUUAGCAUGGGACCCGUCGGCUCACGACUAUCGAAAAUUGGAAUUGAGAUCACCGACUCGCCCUAUGUUGUGGAAUCCAUGAAAAUAAUGACUCGAGCAGGUCGUCAGGUGCUGGACGUGUUGCAAGAGGGAAAUAGCCAAUUUGUCAAGUGUUUGCAUUCCGUCGGCACGCCAGCCAGUGGUGUACAGGCCCAGCCCUCCUGGCCCUGUGAUCCCGAGCGCACCAUCAUUUUGCAUAAGCCAUCCGAUAAUGAAAUUGUAUCUUAUGGCUCCGGCUAUGGCGGCAAUUCGCUGCUGGGCAAAAAGUGCCUUGCUUUGCGCAUUGGCAGCACCAUUGCCAAGCGCGAAGGAUGGCUGGCUGAGCACAUGCUCAUCCUGGGCAUAACCAAUCCACAGGGAAAGAAGAUCUAUGUAGCUGCCGCCUUUCCCUCGGCGUGCGGCAAAACAAAUCUCGCCAUGAUGACACCCACACUACCCGGCUAUAAAGUGGAGUGUGUGGGCGAUGACAUUGCCUGGAUGAAGUUCGACUCCAAGGGUGUUCUGCGUGCAAUAAAUCCGGAGAACGGCUUCUUUGGCGUUGCACCGGGCACCUCACGCUCCACCAACCCCAUUGCCAUGGACACAAUUUUUCAGAACACAGUGUUUACUAAUGUCGCCUCCACCUCCGAUGGUGGCGUAUAUUGGGAGGGCAUGGAUAAAGCGCAACUUUCCAGUGUGACGGUAACCGAUUGGCUGGGCAAGCUGUGGUCCCAGGAAGCGGGCCGUGUGGCGGCACAUCCAAACUCACGUUUUUGUACGCCGGCUGACCAGUGUCCCAUAAUCGAUCCGGCCUGGGAGGAUCCUGCUGGCGUGCCUAUCUCAGCCAUCUUGUUUGGUGGCCGUCGUCCUGAUGGCGUUCCGCUCGUCUAUGAGGCACGCAAUUGGGCCCAUGGCGUCUUUUUGGGCGCCUCUAUGCGCAGCGAGGCGACUGCGGCGGCAGAACACAAGGCAAAGACCAUUAUGCACGAUCCCUUUGCUAUGCGGCCCUUCUUCGGCUAUAACUUCGGUGACUAUCUCGCCCAUUGGCUGAGCAUGGAGCAGCGCGGUAAGGUACCAAAAAUCUUCCACGUCAACUGGUUCCGCAAAAGCGCCGAUGGGAAAUUCCUAUGGCCCGGUUUUGGCGAUAACGCGCGUGUGCUCGACUGGAUCUUCAGACGCGUAGAAGGCGAGCAAUGCUAUCAAGAGUCGCCUAUCGGUCGCUUGCCUAGCCAGGGAGCGCUAAAUGUGUCUGGUCUGGAGGAUGAUGUGAAUGUGGAGGAACUCUUCGCUCUGAGCAAGAACUUCUGGCAGCAAGAGACGCAGGAGAUAGAGCAGUACUUCAAGGCUCAGGUGGGUGACUAUCUGCCCCAGCCUGUGGCGGCGCAACUGGACGAACUGAAGGCACGGGUGGCCAAGAUGUGAUCUUCUAAUCAAUCUAUGUAUCUCCAUAGCUUAAUUGUUUCUACAAUAAAGUAACGCAUUUCAUAGUA